AUGGUGAAGGCCGUGGACGGCCCGUACAGCUACGACACCACGCGCCCCAACGGCCCGCGCUCGUGGUCCUCCGUGGACGAAGAGUUCUCCGCGUGCGGCGCGGGCGAGAUCCAGUCCCCGAUCAACUUCCCCGCCGCCGUCGGCGCCAGCCCGCUGGCCGACGGCCCGCAGCCCAAGCUCGUGCGCGCCAACUACACGCUGGGCUCGGGCAGCUGGAACUGGGCCCUGGCCUGCCACGAGGAGCGCGCGUGCGGAUACACCAUGUUUGCCGGCAAGAAGUGGUACGUCAUUCAGACCCACUUCCACCACCCCAGCGAGCACACCCUCAUGGAAAAGCGGUUCCCGCUCGAGAGCCACACCGUCCACCAGAGCGAGGACGGCAACCUCGCCGUCAUCGCCACCGUCUUCGACUACCCCCCCGAGGCCGACUACCCGUCCACCAUCAAGGCCGCGCAUAACAUGGAUUAUGGCGUCAACCCUUACCUCAAAGAAGUCCUCGAGGGCAUCACACAGGAUAAGGGCACGUUCGAGAUCGACCCCAUGGCCAUUAUUGACCCCUCCCAGGGCUUUUGCUCCUACACCGGCUCGCUUACCACCCCGCCAUGCACGGAGGGCGUUACCUUCUUGAUGCAGAUGAACAUCGCCACCGUGUCCAGGCGGCAGGUCCACGACUACGCCCUCUCCGCAGGCAUGCCUCGUAAAAAAAUUCAUUCACUUUGCGAUUUCUACGUGUCACAAGCAUCUGCAUCCUCCGUCUGA